AUGGAGGAUUACAAGUACCUAUUCAAAGUGGUACUUGUCGGCAAUGCUGGCGUCGGUAAAACGUGCCUAGUGAGGAAGUUCACACAGGUAAGCAUUUGAUUAGCUUUGAAAACGAAAAAAAUGUUUCGAAAUGCAUUGAAAUAUAUUUUUUCAGGGAAUCUUCCCUCCAGGUCAGAGUGCAACAAUUGGUGUCGACUUUAUGAUAAAAACGGUCAAAGUAGGGAAUGAUAAAAUAAAAGUAAGCUGAUAAGCUGAUAAGGACUCGAAAAAGCAAAGUUCAUUGCUCGUUUUUAGCUUCAAAUUUGGGACACUGCAGGCCAAGAAAGAUUCCGGUCAAUCACACAGAGCUACUACAGGUAAUACACUAAUAACCGUCAGUUUUGAUAAUUCCUCUUCGAUUUCAGAAGUGCUCAUGCCAUCGUUUUGGUGUACGACGUCUCCUGUCAGCCGUCGUUCGACUGCCUUCCCGAAUGGCUCGGUGAAAUUGAAAGUUACGCGAAUCGACGAGUUCUCAAGAUCCUCGUUGGUAAGAUCGGAACAGCAUUAUGCAAAUGAUGAUCGGAUUGGUGUUGCAGGAAACAAAGUUGACAAAGGAGAUGAACGAGAAGUGCCGGAACGCAUCGGAAGAGACUUCUCCGACGUAUGGAAGAGGCUUACGAACUAUUAAAAAAACUUGAUUUGCAGGUGAAUCACUUCGAUUACUUCCUGGAGACGUCUGCACUCGACGCAACCAACGUGGAUCAGCUAUUCGAGCAGGUCGCCACGAGACUCACUAAUGACAUGAAAGUCACUGAUGAAAGGUUAGUUUGGCAUAAAAAUGGGAGAGGAUUCGGACCGACUCCGAUUAAUUUCAGAGUUCACCAGUACCGCGCAGAUGCCACAAACACGUCAGCCAACUCGGGCGGGUCGAUCAAGUUAAUCGACCGGGCUCAGACACAGCUGAAUUCGUGCUGCAGUCGGCAGUGA